AUGGACUUUGAUGAACUGCGAAGAAUUCAGCUUGAAGUUCAAAAUGCCUCGCAAGUGAAAAAUGAAAGCGGUUCUAAAAUGAAAGUCGUUGAAAACAAGAAACAACUUUUCGACCUUUUCGACUUGAAGAACAUCGAUCUGCUUACCUGUUUGCCUCCAAAGACCGGGACUACAAACUGGCAACGAUACUUUGCCGUGCUGCUGCAUCCGGAACGCGAGCCGGAGAGUUUUGGAAUCGACGAAAUCUUCAAGGUUUUGCCUCGCUACAAAGAGAAGAAUGAGAUCAACCAAAAAAAAAUUCAUGAGGUAAAAAUGCGAAUGAUCAACGUUCGACAUCCAUUUGCCCGGCUUCUUUUCGCCUGGCGAUAG